CCGGCUCGGUGGCUGGUGCCGGCGCUGCUGCUGCUGCCGCGACCCGCAGCGCCGGGGAAGGCUCUGCCCCCCUCCGCGCUGCCCCAUGCCGAGAUGGAGUUUGACUCGUACCAGCACUACUUCUACGACCACGACGCGGGGGAGGACUUCCACCGCUCCACGGCGCCCAGCGAGGACAUCUGGAAGAAGUUCGAGCUGGUGCCCACGCCGCCCCUCUCGCCCCUGGGCCCCCCGGGGGACAAAGCCUGUUGCGCCGGUGCGGAGGAGCGGUCCGCCUGGCUCUCCCGCUGCUGCCUGGCCGCCGAGGAGCCCGAGUACCUCCUAGACCCGGGGGAGAUCUUCGGGAACCUGAGCGCUUUCAUCCUCAAGGACUGCAUGUGGAGCGGCUUUUCGGCUAGGGAGAGACUGGAGAAAGCGAUGACGGAGAAACUUGCCACGGGCACGCAGCGGGCCACCCCGCACAAGCCCUCCUUCGCCCAGGACGUGGGGUUCAGCAGCUCCGUGAGCGACUGCGUGGAUCCCGCCGCCGUCUUCCUUUGCCCCCUGGCUGAGAGCAAGAUCCCGGCAUCCUCGGGAUCCGAGGGCCAAAGCGACUCCGAGGGUGAGGAGAUCGACGUGGUGACGGUGGAGAAGAGGCAGGCGCUGGGCCUGAGGAAGCCGGUCACCAUCACGCUGCGAGCCGACCCCCUGGACCCCUGCAUGAAACGCUUCCACAUCUCCGUCCACCAGCAGCAGCACAACUACGCCGCCCGCUCGCCGCCCGACGCCUGCGCCCCGGCCGAGCCGCCCGAGCAGGAGGCCGAGGCCGAGCCGGCGAGCGCCGCGGCCCACCCGGCCCCGGAGAGCGCCCUGCCCGAGCCCGGCUUGCCGAAAACCGGCAGCGGCCCCGGCUCCGACGGCGAGGACGUGGCCAAGAGGAAAAACCACAACUACCUGGAGCGCAAGCGGCGCAACGACCUCCGCUCGCGCUUCCUCGCCUUGCGGGACCAGGUGCCCGGGCUGGCCAGCUGCCCCAAGACGCCCAAGGUGGUGAUCCUGAGCAAGUCCUCCGAGUACCUGCGGGCGCUCGUCAGCGCUGAGCGGAGGAUGGCCGCCGAGAAGCGGCAGCUGCGGCUGCGGCAGAGCCAGCUGCUGAGAAGGAUUGCGCACCUCCAGGGCCGCUAGCCCCGGCCCCGGCUCCGUUUGCACAGUUUUGGUUGGAGCAGGGCUCGGGGCACGCGCCGCGGCCACUGCACACGAUUCGGCUGGCGUGCCGGGGCGGCUGCCUCCCCGAAGCGGGGCUGGCUCGCCGGUGCUGGGGCUUGCAAGGUUUUUCCUCUGCCCUGUUGCAAAACUUUCCCGAGGGCCGGCUUCAACUCAUGGGCUCGGCUCUGCUCUCCCCUGAUCCUCCCCAUCGGCACUGCCAGGAGCUGCCCCCGGGGGUCCGUCUCCCCCGGGUCUCGAGCGAGGAGCGGUGGGAUGCAGCCACCGAGCCCGGCUGGAGCCGGCGUGGGGCCAGGUCCCCGUGGGAACAGGGGCGCAGGGCGAGGGUCCCGUUGGCCGAGCUCGGUGCUCUCCCGCAUCCCGCCCGGCGGAGGGUGGUCGCAGUCUCCUCGCCCGCAGAAGGGCCGUGAGCUGCCUGGGCUGGACCUCGCCUCACGCUCCCACCGCUUCCCGCAGUAGCUCGUCCUGGAUUUGUGUGUUCUAGAAACUGCUGCUGUCACUGUGAGUCUUAUACUGGAGGCUGUGUUUUAUACUGUAUUUUUGUACCACUUUUUGAGAAGUAUUGGUAAAGUUUGCUUUUUUUAUAAACCUUUUUUUUG